GCAGCCGAUAAGCUCACGCCAAUCUGCAAGGCACUGAACUAGCAUGUGGCGUACGUCACGUCUUCAGGUCUCGCUUCAUUGCUUCAGCGAUCGAUCAACAGCUGGGUGAUUGAGACCACGUACGGAUACUCAGUUCGGGUAUCACAGAGUCGAGGACACGGCACCAGGUGCAUUGAACAUGGCGGUUUUAUGAGUGGCUUCCGGGUUAUCCUUGUGGUUGCGGGUUCAGGGGCUUUCGAGCUCCGUGGCCGACGUCUUGAUCUGACCGUGACUGCCGCGAGCAGGAGCUGCGUCCACGGCCCGCGCCUUCUGUCAGUACUAGGGCUACGGAGAGUGCGCUGAUAGACCUGCCCUCAUGGACCAGCCUACGUCACAGGCUGGCAUCGAUUCAGAUGCGACCUCUGCCUCAAGCCGCCCGCCUGCGCCAGCGCGGAAGCGGAGCACGUCUGGGGCUGGUGGGUUGUUGUCCAAGCUUCCCUUCAUACGAUUCUCCGGAGAACAUCGCCCACGAUCCCGUCGCAAUACCAACGAGUCGGAAUUGGCUGGACAGGCGCCGACACUGCCUGUUCCCUCCUUCACUACGAUUUCUGCCGACGCACCUCAGCGCCAAUUCCCUGCAUCCGCCGCCGCCGCGCAGCCGCCGCCGCCUCACAUCGUCCAGCACCAGGCAUUGCAGCCAACCCAACAGCAAAAGACACGGCGACGGAGGGGUUCGUUGAGGAAGGUUGCGUUGCUUGGACGGGGAGCUCAGCGCGAGCGUCGUGAGGGCCGGGGUUUGACCAUCGAUACAAAACUCGAGGUAACCGAGCUCCAAGGGGCACUGAAGGGCACCAUAGCAGCAGAAACAGAGAUCGCAUCAAGCCCGGUAUCGCUCGACGGGCACAACAAGGCAUUCCCAGUUCUGGGAAACGGCAAGGGAGACUUCCCACGUUACGGCCUCGGCAUCCCAGACCGAACACCCCGUCCCAGCAUAGACAGGUGCACCAUUCGGUCCGAUACCUCCGACCCCGACGCAACCCCAACAACAGCCCUAACGCCCAGGGCCAUGACCUCGGCAACCAGCCCACCCACACCCGCCGUCGACACGAGUCCCAGCAGAAGCUACAGCACCACCGACGACGAAGACGCCCUGCACAUGGCCCGCCCCGCCACCGCCUCGCUCCCCAUUCCCCGGACCACCACCGCCUCCCUUUCCUCAUCCUCAGCAGCCAGCCUCCUCCGCCCCGAGCGGGCAUCCCUCUCCUCAGGCUCCGAGUCCUACUUUCUCGCCUCUCGCCAACCAAGUACCGGCACCAGCGUCAGCGGCGGGGCCCUCCCCUCGAUCCAGCGACGCCGCAACACCAUCCAGCGCGCCAAAUCGCCCCUCGCCCUGACCUCGCUGGCGACGCCGCUGCCGCAACCCGAUGCGGAUUGGGACUAUGCCGAGACGGAGUGGUGGGGUUGGAUCAUACUGCUCGUGACGUGGACCGUUUUCGUCGUCGGCAUGGGCUCGUGCCUCGGGGUUUGGAGCUGGGCGUGGGAUGUCGGGAAGACGCCGUACGCGCCGCCUGAGCUCGAGGACGACCCGACGCUGCCCAUCGUUGGGUACUACCCCGCGCUGAUGAUCUUGACGGGGGUAAUGGCGUGGGUGUGGGUUGUCGUGGCGUGGGUAGGGAUGAAGUACUUCAGGCAUGCGCAGGUCAGCGGGGAUUGAGGCGGUUUGCAUGGCGCUAUACGCUGAUUUUUUAGGCAUCUUUCUUGACUAUGUCUUGGCGUUUCCAUGUUGCUGUUUGCUGCUGUUACGACUAGAUAUACCCACGGGCUAUGUUGCUGCAAGAUAUAUAUAAUCACACCGGAUUACCACUGCGCCCUUCUUGGGCCGGUGUUGCACCGUCGGGGACGCAAUCACGGAGAAGGAAAGCUUAGAAUUAGGGAGCCAUAGCGUGAUUUCAGGGUGGAGGAUCAUGGUCUUUGGCUAAGUUAUCCAUGGAGACCAGAGGGACAACAAAGGAUAACUCGACGCUUGAGUCUGACAACCAAAGUUAUAGAACCACGUCGACGAUGGUUGCCAGUCCACCGACCACCGCUGUCCUUUCCCUCUUAAUGUUUGAGCUCCCCGAA